UUGAGACCGUUUCCAUUGUGAAAAGUGCAAUAGAAAUAAACUUUCUGAUGAAGUUCUAUUGACUCUGAGAUCACUCACUGCUACUGAGGUCUGAUGGGCCACGGGGUUCAGGAACCAUGAAGAUGGAGUUGGACUGUAAUCAUUAUAAACAGAUUAUGAUGGUGAUGGUGAUGAUAGUUUUGGUAAUAAUGGGAUACUGGUGGUCUGGUGAGAUGAAACCCUGGAUGAAGUAGGUCUCCUGUAGAUGUCUCUCACCGCUAAACAGCAGAGGGAGCACCGAGCUCGGAGACUCGAGUGUGUGUCACGUGACCCUCUCGGCCGGUCCCGGUGUCUGUCCGUGUGUCUGAUGGCGGAGGCGCAUCGUGAGGAGCAGUGAGAACUUCCCGGAUGGAGCUCGCUGCUGUGGUUCUGGUGCCGAACAGCCGCUGUUUACCGAGAUCGACCGGAAGCGGAUUCUUGUGGUUGUGGUUGUUUUUCCGGUGCGGUUUCCGGAUAAGCCGCGCUCUGAUCCCGGAGAGAUGAUGGCGGAGAGGCCCGUGGAUGUGAGCGCGCUGCCGCCGGAGGUCCGGGAGCAGCUGGCUGAGCUCGACCUGGAGCUGUCCGAGGGUGACAUCACACAGAAAGGUUAUGAGAAGAAGAGGGCGAAGUUACUGGCAUCGUUCACCAUCCAGACACAAAAUUUGACUCCUCCCCCACAGUAUGAUGGAGAGGAACCUGGUCCAAGCUCUGCUACUGUACCAAGCAACGCCUCCUCAGGCUCCUCCUCCUCUCGGCAUCGUCGUUCUCGGAGAUCUAACAGGAGUGGUGGUACUCGGGACGAGCGUUACAGAUCGGAUAUACACACUGAAGCUGUUCAGGCUGCUUUGGCCAAACAUAAAGAGGAGAAAAUGGCGUUGCCGAUGCCGACCAAACGCCGUUCAGCAUACAUGCAGUCACCUAUCGACAACUGCAGCCCACCAGACUCCUCCUCGUCCUCAGAUGAUGAAAGUAGUCCGGGGGUCAGCGGAGGUCAGCAGCCAUCUCCAGACUCGUGGAUAACAAGCUCAAUCCCAGGUUCCUCCACCUCGUCCUCCUCAGCAUCCUCCACCAUGUCUCAUGGAGAGUCUCGUCCAACUCAGGCUCCUCAGCCUCAAAGUCAACACACGCAGCCGCCACAUUCAUACUCACAACCGUCUGCUCUCGCUGAGGCUUUCGCUCACGCCUCUAUUGAUCCAACAGAACUCGCUUGUCUGGGUGCUGAUGGUGAGUCUCCGAGUCAGACAGGAAAUCGAGGAUCCCGUGUGGAUUUCCCGUCUAACGCCGUAGUGAGAGGAAUGAGUCGUGGACAAAGCAGAUCCAGCAUGAUAGAGACAGCAGACGUGAGAAGAGUGGGGAAAGGUGUUCCUGUGUCCAGUCGUGUGUCCACUAAGAUCCAGCAGCUUCUGAACACGCUGAAACGACCCAAACGACCUCCACUUAGUGAGUUUUUCAUGGACGACCAAGAGGAGAUUGUAGAAGUCCCUCGGCCUGACCCCAACACCCCAAGGCCAGAGGGCCGUCAGAUAAUCCCAGUGAAGGGAGAGCCCUUGGGUGUGGUCAGUAACUGGCCCCCAGCCCUGCAGGCUGCACUGGCCAGAUGGGGGGCCACUCAGGGCAAAAGCCCCGCUCUCACAACACUGGAUAUUACCGGAAAACCACUCUACACUCUCACAUAUGGGAAACUGUGGAGUCGUGGUGUUAAACUGGCCUACACCCUCCUGAACAAACUGGGAACUAAGAAUGAGCAGGUGCUCAAGCCUGGGGAUCGGGUAGCACUUGUGUACCCAAACAGUGACCCUGGAAUGUUUUGGGUGGCAUUUUAUGGCUGUUUGCUUGCAGAGGUCAUUCCUGUGCCAAUAGAGGUGCCGCUGUCUCGCAAGGAUGCAGGCAGCAGUCAGGUGGGCUUCCUUUUAGGAAGUUGUGGUGUGAGUCUUGCCCUGACCAGUGAGAUCUGUCUGAAGGGUCUACCAAAGACCUCCACUGGAGAAAUCCUGCAGUUUAAAGGCUGGCCGAGACUGAAAUGGGUGAUCACUGACUCGAAAUACCUCACCAAGCCUUCAAAAGACUGGCAGCCACACAUCCCCACUGCUAACAUUGACACGGCCUAUAUAGAGUAUAAGGCGAGUAAAGAGGGGACUGUGGUGGGCGUGGCCGUGUCGAAGAUAGCCAUGCUAACACACUGCCAGGCGCUUUCUCAGGCCUGUAACUACUGCGAGGGUGAAACACUGGUGAACGUUUUGGACUUUAAGAAGGACAUGGGGCUUUGGCACGGUGUCCUCACAAGCGUGAUGAACCGGAUACACACAAUCUGUGUUCCAUAUGCAGUAAUGAAGGCGUGUCCUUUGUCCUGGGUCCAGCGUGUUCACAUCCACAAAGCACGUGUUGCAUUGGUGAAGUGUCGUGAUCUGCACUGGGCCAUGAUGGCACACAAGGAGCAGAGAGACAUCAGUUUAUCAUCACUGCGUAUGCUGAUCGUUGCUGAUGGAGCCAAUCCUUGGUCUGUGUCGUCUUGUGAUGCAUAUCUGAACGUGUUUCAGGCUCAUGGGUUGAAGCCGGAGGUGAUUUGUCCGUGUGCUACGUCCCCUGAGGCCAUGACUGUCGCCAUACGCAGACCUGGAGUCCCCGGGGCCCCACUCCCUGCCCGGGCCGUGCUCUCUAUGACAGGUCUGAGUCACGGGGUAAUCAGAGUCAACACGGAGGACAAGAACUCCGCCCUCACUGUACAGGAUGUGGGCCAUGUGAUGCCUGGUGCAUUGAUGUGUAUCGUGAAGCCGGACGGGCCGCCGAUGCUCUGCAAGACCGACGAGAUCGGAGAGAUCGUAGUAAACUCUCGUGCUGGAGGAACCUUGUACUACGGCCUGCAGGGAGUUACCAAGAACACAUUUGAGGUGAUCCCUGUGAACGCGAGUGGAGCUCCUAUCGGGGAAAUCCCAUUCGUACGCUCAGGACUGCUUGGGUUUGUGGGACCGGGAAGUCUGAUAUUCGUGGUGGGGAAGAACGAGGGCUUGCUGGUGGUCAGUGGGCGACGCCACAACGCUGAUGACCUCGUGGCUACGGCUCUGGCUGUGGAGCCGGUGAAGACCGUGUACAGGGGCAGGAUUGCAGUUUUUUCAGUGACAGUGUUUUAUGAUGAACGGAUUGUGAUCGUAGCAGAACAGAGGCCUGAUGCGAGUGAAGAGGACAGUUUUCAGUGGAUGAGCAGAGUGCUGCAGGCCAUAGACAGCAUCCAUCAGGUGGGUCUGUACUGCCUGGCUCUGGUUCCUGCUAACACGCUGCCCAAAACUCCUCUGGGUGGAAUUCACAUCUCUGACACUAAACAGCUCUUCCUGGAGGGGGCGCUGCACCCCUGCAACAUCCUCAUGUGCCCCCACACCUGCGUAACUAACAUGCCCAAACCUCGCCAGAAACAACCAGUGGGUGUAGGUCCUGCCUCCAUCCUGGUUGGGAACCUGGUUGCUGGAAAGAGAAUCGCUCAGGCAGCAGGACGAGAUCUGGGAUUGAUCGAGGACCAAGACCUGGUCAGAAAGCUGUGCAUGUGGCCCACUAUGAUGCAUCAUUACCUGUCAGAAGCUCUGCAGUGGAGAGCACAGACAGACCCCGACCACGUGCUGUAUGUACUGCUGAAUGCAAAGGGCGUGGCAGUUUGCACAGCUACAUGUGUACAGCUUCACAAAAGAGCUGAGAAGAUCGCUGCAGCGCUCAUGGAAAGAAGUGGAAUUAGCAUUGGAGAGAACAUUGUGCUGUUAUACCCACCAGGUAUUGAUCUGAUUGCAGCGUUUUAUGGCUGUCUGUACGCUGGUUGUAUUCCCGUCACGGUGCGGCCGCCACACCCACAGAACCUCUCAGCCACAUUGCCAACAGUCCGCAUGAUCAUUGACGUGAGUAAAGCCGCCUGCAUCCUCACCACUCAGAUUCUUACCAAGAUUCUGCGAUCUAAAGAAGCCGCUACUUCGGUAAACAUAAAGACGUGGCCCAUCAUAAUAGACACAGAUGAUCUUCCCCGUAAAAGACCUCCAAACAUCUACAAACCUCCGUCUGCUGAUGUGAUCGCUUACCUGGACUUCAGCGUGUCCACCACAGGCAUGCUCACGGGAGUCAAAAUCUCUCACUCGGCGGUCAGUGCUCUGUGUCGCUCUAUAAAGCUGCAGUGUGAGCUCUACUCCUCUCGCCAACUCGCCAUCUGCCUCGACCCGUACUGUGGACUCGGCUUCGUACUCUGGUGUCUGGCCAGUGUGUACUCAGGUCAUCAGUCGAUCCUAAUUCCUCCUCUGGAGUUGGAGAGUUCGUUAUCUCUGUGGUUGAGCACGCUGAGUCAGUACCGCGUCAGAGACACCUUCUGCUCCUACUCUGUCAUGGAGUUGUGUACAAAAGGACUCGGGGGACAAACCGACAUGCUGAAGGCUCGGGGAGUGAACCUGGCAUGUGUGAGGAGUUGUGUGGUCGUAGCUGAAGAACGUCCACGUCUGGCUCUUACUCAGUCCUUCUCCAAACUGUUUAAAGACCUCGGUCUCUCCACCCGCGCCGUCAGCACCGCCUUCGGCUCCCGAGUCAACCUCGCCAUCUGUCUACAGGGUACAACUGGUCCUGACCCCUCUACUGUAUAUGUUGACAUGAAGUCACUACGGCAUGACAGGGUGAGGCUGGUGGAGAGAGGAGCACCUCAGUCUCUUCCUCUGAUGGAGUCUGGAACAAUUCUUCCUGGUGUGAGGGUGGUGAUCGUAAAUCCAGAGACUAGGGGGCCACUGGGAGACUCUCACCUGGGAGAGAUCUGGGUGAACAGUCCUCACACGGCGUCAGGUUACUACACCAUCUACGGAGAGGAGAGUCUCCAGGCUGAUCACUUCAACACUAAACUCAGCUUCGGGGAUCCACACACGUUGUGGGCCAGGACCGGGUAUCUCGGCUUCGUCAAGAGGACCGAACUCACCGACUCCAGCGGAGAGAGACAUGAUGCUCUGUUCAUCGUUGGCUCUCUGGAUGAGACUCUGGAGCUGAGAGGACUGCGCUAUCACCCCAUCGACAUAGAGAUCAGCGUACAGCGAGCUCACCGCAGCAUCGGAGAGAGUGCCGUGUUCACCUGGACCAAUCUGCUGGUGGUGGUGUCGGAGCUGUGCGGAUCGGAGCAGGACGCGCUGGACCUGGUUCCUCUGAUCACCAAUGUGGUUUUGGAGGAACAUCACCUGAUUGUGGGUGUGGUGGUGAUCGUGGACCCCGGCGUCAUCCCCAUCAACUCCCGUGGAGAGAAGCAGAGGAUGCACCUGAGAGACUCCUUCCUGGCCGAUCAGUUAGACCCCAUAUAUGUGGCCUACAACAUGUGAGAAGAACAUCUCCACAUCUCCAUCCUGCUUCGCUUUCAGUUCCCAUCAUGGGCUGUGAGUCAAAUAAACUACAUUAAUAUAAA